ACACACAAACACAAACACAAACACAAACACAAACACACUCAAUGUGUGUGUGUGUGUUUUUAUUUGAGUGAUGAAUUUCUUUUACUAAAAAGAAGAGAUUGAUGAAUAAAGUGUCCCACUUGUUGUUGUUUUUGUAAGUGUGUGUUUUUUCACACACUCAAUUCAAACUCUCAACACCCACACACACACACACACACCAAAACGUUUUUGUCUUUUUGUUUUCCAAUUUUGUUUUUCUUGUUGUCGUUUUUGAUUUGCAGAUAAUCGAGAAACUCUGCAACAAAAAGGAUUUCGAACAACGAUGACGAUGAUGAUGAUGAUGAUGAUUGUGUUCUUCUGUACCUGAUUCUUUCUGGGCUUCGACUCUGUUUUCAAGAUUUUCACUGGAUGUCAAAAUGGAAGCUUUUGAAGCUGCAAAAGUUGUUUACAACCGAAUUCUGGAAACAGAAUCCGAAACGAUUACUCGAAAAAUAAUCGGUUACAUAUACUUGCUCGACCAUGCCGAUCGCGAAAUGAUUCGAUUAGCUUUCGGCCCCGAUAAUUUGAUCCAAAACCUGAUACAAAAGGCCAAAAUCGAGCUCAAUUUAGUCAUGAAACCAAUUCAUUCACCUCCGAUAUCGCCAUCACUUCAAUUUCGACCGGUUUUGCAUUCGAACAGACCCUUUUUGUCCUCACAAAUCCCGUCCCCGAUGCCGUUACCGUAUCCGAAUAUGGUUUCCGAUGAUUGUCGGUACCAAAAUCAAGAUUUCUUUAUAGGAUUAGGAGCUCAAUUCGAACCUUUUAGUCGAGAAAUCUCGGGUUUUUCGGAAGAUUGUUAUAGCCCAGAUGGAAAUUUUGGAUUAAGAGGAAGAAGAGAUGGAAUUCCAUCAAAGAUUUGCCAUUAUUUCAGUAAAGGGCAUUGUAAACAUGGCAAUAAUUGUAAGUUCUUUCAUGCACAAUCGGUAACGGAUUUUAACUCGAACGAACUCGAUGAUCAAGGGGCGUUUUCACCCGGUUCCCUUGAAAAACUCGAGUUUGAGAUCACGGAAAUCUUGAAAUCGAGAAGGGGUAAUCCGAUUUCGAUCGCUUCUUUGCCUAUGAUCUAUUAUGAAAGAUACGGAAGGACCCUUCAAGCAGAAGGGUAUCUAACCGAGAGCCAAAGACACGGGAAAGCCGGUUAUAGUUUGACUAAGCUUCUUGCUCGAUUGAAGAACAGCAUUCGGCUCAUCGACAGGCCUCAUGGGCAGCAUUCGGUGGUUUUGGCCGAUGAUGCAUCAAGAUUCAUGGAAAACCGAUAUGAGCGAGCUAAUAUGAAUCCCGGCCCCAUCGUUAGUGGUUCGAAGCAAAUUUAUUUGACGUUUCCGGCCGAAAGUACGUUCACCGAAGACGAUGUCGCUAACUAUUUUAGCACGUUUGGUCCGGUUCAAGACGUGAGAAUUCCGUGCCAACAGAAACGGAUGUUCGGUUUUGUAACUUUUCACAAUGCGGAAACGGUGCAAACGAUUUUAUCAAAAGGAAACCCGCAUUAUGUUUGUGGUGCCCGUGUUCUUGUAAAACCGUAUAGAGAAAAACUCAAACUAUUUGAUAGGAAGUACUUUGAGAAACUCGAGGCUCCGAUGUGUUACCAUUCGCACCAUAUGGAUAUGGAUCAUGACCUUCAAGCUCGGUUGGAAGCUUCUAGAUUGUUCGGUAGACAACUAGAAGACCACGAACUAGCAAUGCAACUAGAGAUGAUGCGCCUCUCGCAACUACAACUGGCACGAGGAUCUUCCUACCUUGAAAACACGUUAGAUGAUCAGAAACCCUCGGAAGAUGAAGCUGAUGACUCCAAGUUCCAAUCUCCAAAACUCGUGUCACAUCAGAUAGAUCACGUUGGUACCAAUUACAACGUCCAAGACAAUGAAAACAGUCGUGGUUUGAAUCUUCCGGAUAGCCCUUUUUGCAUGCAACAAGGGGGGAUCUAACAAGCAAAUGUAGUUGAAGAACAAAUAAAGGAAAGGAUUAGAAAGAUGAGGGAAGUAAAUAAUAGCAAUUUAAUGAUGAAGAAGAAUGAAUAGAAAAGAGUACAGUUUUGUUAGUUGAUUACAUGAAGGAGAAAGAGAGAGGAGAGAUGAUGGGGAUUGUGUUUUUUUGAUGCCAACUAGAUAAAGAUUUACAUCUAUUUCU